UCCGAUACGACGGUUCUUCGCCGGAAAAUAUGGAUGUUUUACAACUCCAAGGGCUAUUACACCCUAUGCCCAUCCUAUUUUACGUUGCACUCCCUCUCUUAACUUUCUUCCUUCUUUCCAGUUUUCGCCGGAAACCUCUUCCGCCGGGUCCAAGGGGGUGGCCGCUGAUCGGGAACAUGUUGAUGAUGGAUCAACUAACCCAUCGUGGUCUUGCUAGUUUGGCUGACAAAUACGGCGGUCUGCUUCAUCUCAAGAUGGGCUUCAGCCAUACAGUCGCUGUCUCGUCACCGGAAAUGGCGAGACAAGUACUCCAGGUGCAAGAUAACGUCUUUGCCAACCGUCCGGCCACCAUCGCCAUCACUUACCUCACCUACGACCGGGAAGACAUGGCGUUCGCCAACUACGGUCCCUUCUGGCGCCAGAUGCGUAAGCUUUGUGUCAUGAAGCUAUUCAGCCGGAAACGAGCGGAAUCAUGGGAUUCCGUUCGGGAUGAAGUUGUCUCCAUGAUCAAAAUCACGGCGGCUAGUUCCGGCUCCGCCGUUAACCUUGGUGAGCUCGUGUUCGGGCUGACCCAUGACAUCAUCUACCGAGCCGCUUUCGGGUCGAUUUCCCAUGAAGGAAAAGAAGAGUUCAUCAGAAUUCUUCAAGAAUACACCAAGCUUUUUGGUGCUUUCAACUUGGCCGAUUUCAUUCCAUGGCUAGGGUUUAUCGACCCCGCCGGACUGAACACCCGAUUACCAAAGGCCCGGGGUGAGUUAGACGGGUUCAUCGAUAAAAUUAUCGACGAGCACCUCCGGAAAGAGAAGAAAACCGGCGACGACGCCGACAACGAUAUGGUGGACGAGAUGUUGGCGUUUUACAGUGAAGAAGGAAAGGUGAACGAAGGCGAGGAUUUGCAGAACGCGAUUAGGCUCACGCGAAACAAUAUCAAAGCCAUUAUUAUGGAUGUGAUGUUUGGUGGGACUGAAACCGUGGCUUCGGCGAUCGAAUGGGCUUUGACGGAGCUCAUGCAUACACCAGAAGCACUCAAACGUGCACAACAGGAGCUCGCCGAUGUCGUUGGCCUUGACCGCCGUGUCGAAGAGUCUGAUUUCGAGAAACUGACCUACUUCAAAUGCAUCAUCAAAGAAACCCUCCGCCUCCACCCUCCCAUCCCGGUCCUCCUCCACCAGUCAUCGGAGGCCACAGAAGUCGCCGGCUACCACAUCCCAAAGGGAACACGAGUCAUGGUUAACGCAUACGCCAUCAACCGUGACAAGAACGCUUGGAAAGACCCCAACACAUUCAACCCAUCUCGAUUCUUGGAAAAUGGAGCUCCGGAUUUCAAAGGAAGCAACUACGAGUUUCUUCCGUUUGGGUCUGGCCGGAGAUCUUGCCCUGGGAUGCAGCUUGGGUUGUAUGCGAUGGAGAUGGCGGUGGCCCACCUCCUCCAUUCGUUCACAUGGCAGUUGCCGGACGGGAUGAAGCCGAGCGAGAUCGAUAUGACUGACGUGUUCGGACUCACGGCACCAAAGGCGACUCGGCUGGUGGCAGUGCCAACUCCUCGACUGUUAUGCCCACUGUAUUAAUCGACGAAGGGUCGGAUCUUGACUUCCGAGACACUGAAAAAUUGUUGAU